AGCCGGCCGGUUUUUAUCCAGCAGAAGCUCCUGUGCCAAAUCAGCGAAGAUGGCCCAUCGCCCAGUGAGUGCACUGUCUCGCCAAGAGUCAGAAAUGAUCAACCGGAGUCGCCGUGCUCUGUCAUCGGGAACGCUGACGGAUUCGAUUGAGAAACUUCGCCAUAUGUGCCUUGCUCGAGGAGCGUCGGGUAUUCUCGGAUUGGGCCGUUGCUUCCGCCGCAUGGAUGACGAUGGCAACAAGCAGCUGAACUUGGAAGAGUUCAUCAAGGGUCUGCAUGACACCGGGCUAGACGUCACGGAACAAGAAGCAACCGACAUGUUUAACAAAUUUGACACCGAUGGCAGCGGUUCCAUCAAUAUGACGGAAUUUCUCGUUGCGAUUCGUCCGAACAUGUCCGAAGGCAGGGUAAAUAUCGUUGAGCAAGCGUUUGCCAAGUUGGACAAAACGGGCGACGGGGCGAUAACGAUUGAAGAUUUAAAGCAUGUGUAUUCCGUGCGGAGUCAUCCGCUGUACAUCAGCGGUGAGGAGACGGAGGAUGUCAUUCUGAGGAAGUAUUUGGCGAACUUCGAGGAAAAUGGAAACCCGGAUGGCACUGUGACCCGGGAGGAGUUCCUGCAUUACUACGCUGGGUUGAGUGCCUCGAUCGACUCGGAUGCAUACUUCGACUUGAUGAUGCGCCAAGCAUUCAAAUUGUAAACGGUUACUAUUGCUCUCUUUUGUGUGUCAUGUUUAAAAUUUGUAUAAGUUUUACGUCGGACCUCCGAUUUUAGACGAAUGAUUGACACUCCGCACGCAGUUUCCAGCAAAGAGGAAAGUAACCACAAUGGCGAACUUCUUGGGCAAUCGGCAUUUGAAAUGCCGAUUGUUCGAGAGCGCUGAAGUACAUGUUGAUACUAAUCAGAGCACAAGCGUAUUCUUAACAAUGAAUAAAA